UUUUUAUUGUGGAAAUAUUCGUCUUUUGCAUCGUCAGACGGUUUCUGUCCUUGCUUUUUGAUCUGGGUGCUCGAUUUCAGCGAACCCGGUCCUUCAUUCGGUCAAAUCCCUCCAAAUUGCACCCUUUAAACGCGGACACUAGAUAACAGCAACUGCAUCCAGCGGGUCUGAUCUCCUGACAGCUCCUGUGCUCGAGCUUGAUAUAUUAAAAUUAUCGGCGGUGCUUGAUCUGUGUAUCGCCAGCUAGUCUCGACUUGUCUCCUGCAGCUGAUAGCCCAGUUUUGGCUAGCAGACCUCUCGUGCAAUAGGGUCAUCACCACCGGUCUUGUUGGAAGAAGCAUAUUCCCCUCAUAUCCCUACCAGGUCGCCUCACAUACUGUGUCUACUACUAUCAAGAUGUCGAUCAACUGGGUGAUGCUUCAUGAGCGCGAUGCCUUCGUUCGUCUUCCCAAUGAACAGCUGAUAUAUACAUCCCCGCCAAGGACAAGUUUCUCCUUGCAACCACUCAGUUCAUAUAAAGGCAAUGAAUCUCUAUCAGUCCAGUGCAGCGCCGGUCAAAUACACCUCACAAACCAGCGGGUUGUCUAUCUUCCCUCUCAGAAAGCAAAAGACCUCCAGUCAUUUUCCGCGCCACUUCUCAACGUACACGAUACACAUGUUUCGGCUCCAUUUUUUGGUCCAAAUGUGUGGAUGGCUCUCGUCCAGCCGGUUGCCGGUGGAGGAAUUCCUCCUGGGUUGCCUGCUGUCCAGUUGAAAGUGACGUUUAAGGAAGGGGGAGCUUUCGACUUCCACAAUCAUUUUGAGCGUAUCAAGGAACGCCUCCAACAAGCCGUUGAAAUAUCCACAGAAAGUUCUCGGGGCCAAAGUUCUGUUGAUAUGUCUGCCAUCCAUCUAGACGAGCUGCCUGCCUAUGAUGGCCCACGCAAUGACACACCAAGUGCCAGUUGUAACGAAGGUCCAUCUGUGUCACCACGUGCGCGGGCUGCUCCAGAGACAGGUUCGGAGCCUUCAGAACCGCCACCGGGAUAUGAAGAGGUUCAGCAACAGAGUGUUGCUCACGAACUGGAGGAGAGGCUGCGCCGUGCUAGUUGAUGCGGUAUUACCGAAGAAUUUCGGAAAGUGAGGAUCGGGCUUCAUCGGCAAACAGCUCGUUUAUCUGUCGCUUUUCUCCUCAUUUUUUGUUGCUUACCUUCCCCUUUUUUGCUUUGUCUCGAGACAUGCUCGAGGAAUUGAGGGUUCUCAUGUACAUUUAGCGAAUGAUUCAUACAAUAGCGAUCACUAAGACGAUUUAAAAUAGAACACACGAGUCUUCCAGCAAGUGAACC